CUCAACCAAGUCACUAUUUCUCCAGUCAGUUUUAUCUUUAAAAUGAGGAUGAGGCAUAGCAUGGCACAUCCACCUAUAAUCCCAGUGCUGGUGACUCAGAAGCAGAAGGAUCACAAGUUCAAGACCAGCCUGGGUUUCAGCCCUGGAGCACUUCCUCUGGGUUUUAAACCAGUCGGAGUUUCACAGCAAAAGGCUCAAAAAACAAAAACCAAUCAACCCCUAAGACCCAAUGCCAAAUAAGAAACCUCGCAAAAGUAGUAAUAGUAGUAGUAGUAGUAGUAGUAGUAGUAGUAGUAGUAGUAGUAGUAGUAGUAGUAAUAAUUUAAAAACAAAAGUGUAUGGAAUGGGGGAUUAUACCCACAUCAGGAUAAAGUGCCUAACAUCUCAGAAGUGAAUCCGAGGGGCCUGGAUAGAUGACUUGGAGUUAAGAGCACUUGUUGCUUUUCCAGAGGACCCAGUGUCCUCCAUGUCAGAUGGCCCACAACUGUCUGUACUCCAGCCCCAGGAGAUCUCGGGCCUCUGUGGGCACCUGCAUUCACAUACCUGAGCAUGGAGCUCAAGGGCUUCAGGACAUGGGGCUCUCUUAACUGCAGACAAAGAGUAAAACAGCCCAGAGAAAAUGUCAUCUGCGUAGGUUUGUGUAGUUCAGGUCCAGCGUAGGAGGGCCCGGGGCCUAGGGAGGAGUUAUGACAGUUCCCAGAGCUGGGAUUUUCCUAGCUCCCAGCUUCCCUCCAGCAGGUGUAGGGUGGUCCUACUCAGUGGCAAGUCAGGCCAGGUGGAAGCAGGGGACCUGUACUCUUCACUGGUACAUGCUCUGGCCAGGACUUGGGGUGCUUUCCUGUCCCAUGUAAACUUGUCCCAUGUACCCUAGAGCCAGGUGCCUUCCUCCCCACCCACUUUCCUGGCCUCCUGGACAAUAACCCAGGUGGCCUAAGAGACCAGCAGCUGACAAUGGUCUACAUCCUCCCGCCAAGUAAUUAUAAUUCCAGCCAGGCUGCAUGCUGCCCAACACUGUGUGUGUGUGUGUGUGUGUGUGUGUGUGUGUGUGUGUGUGUGUGUGUGUGUGUGUGUGUGUGUUCUGCAUGCCUGUAUGCCUGCCCUAGAGUGUCUUCCCAGGGACAGGCUGCUCUGAGCUUCAGGCAUAACAGAUGCUCCUGGCCCUCCUGUUCCCCUUGAGGACAAACCUGGUGCCUUUCCUGCCCACUCUAGACCUCUGAGCCUAAAAUCUGACAUUCCAACCCAACCCUGAUCCAAUCCAAGGACAGCUUCCCCUUCCCUCUAACCCAGGAAGGGAAGUGAGUGUGCACAGUUGGAAUGGAGUCACACCCCCAGCCACACCCCUUCUCCUGCUCUCUCAGGAGAACCCUGCUCUCUCCAAGGUCCCUUGCCAGUGAAAUGGGACUGGAUCCCUUCCCCCAGCUCCCCUGCAGACCUGAGCUUGAAACACUAUUGCUUGGGUUCUGAGGGCUCUCAGCUUGGCACCCCCCCACCCCCCCAGUUCAGGAGACACUCAUGCUACAAGUGAGUCCUACCCCAUUCCUGCCUUUGACUGUAAGCAUCUUGGUCCCUUGUCCUGUCGCCCUUACCCACAGUAGCCUGCCCUGGCCUCUGCAUUGCCUGCCCUCCUGACAGCCCCCAGGGCCUGUGUGCUGGGCAAAUGCUGAGGGAACUAAAUUUGGCUGCAAGGCCUCUCAGGCAGGGGCUACUGAACAGAGGAGAGGGGGCUGGGAGAGCUGCCGAAUGGCUGCAGGGAGAGGGCAGGGCUAUUGCUACUCUUUGUGGGUUGGUUCCUUCUGUGGCUGUCUGGGAAGCCCCUUUCUUUCCCUGGUAGCCCCCUCCUGUCUCUGGCAGAGCCAUAGUUUAGUGACCACACCCAGUCCAUACAGGUCCAUAAGGCAACCUCCAGGCUGGUGUGGACAAAGCCAGCUACUUGCUGUCUCCAAGAGAAACUGGGAGUCAAGCUUUCCUGCAUCAAAUCCCUGCUUUAAAAUUAUUUUACGUGUAUGGAAGUUUUGCCAGAGUACAUGUCUGUGCACCGUGUGCAAACCUCAUGCCUGAGGUCAGAGGCGGGGCAUCUUGGAUCCCUUGGAACCGGAGUUAGAGACAGCUGUGAGCCACCACGUGGGUGCUGGGAAUUCAACCCAGGUCCUCUGGAAGAACAGCCAGUGCUUUUAAUCAUUGAGCCAACUCUCCCGAGCCACAAAUCCAUACCAUUUCGAGUCAGCAACCCCCACAAAACAAAGGAAAAAAACCCUACAUUAAGGGUUAGAUGCAAUAUCUGAAGGUUAGAGGGACUCUGGGGGCUUCCAGCUCGGCAGUGGUACACAUGCCUGGGUUGCAGUCAGACUCCCGUGGUCCCUUGCUGUAGGGUGGUGAACAAGCAAACUGCUUUACUCUGUCUAUGGACGUGGUCAACCCUGCUCUCUCUGGCUGUCAGAUGCACCACAUACGCCUGGGCAUCUCACGGUUUUCUGGGAAGCCUGUUUUUCUUGAGGUUACUAUGGUUCAGGUCCGGACUCCAGACCCACUGCCAUUCAGCCAAACCAUUUUCCCUUCCUGGGCCUGUCACUGCCUGAAAAGGAGAUCAUAUCUCACCAAAGACGGUCUGAAAUCUCCGCUCACCUUGGUAACAACAUUCCAGAAAUCUCUUUUGUAUGUAAGCAGAGCUGGGGGGGGGGCUGGUUCUGGAAUGUUUGUCUUCCUCACUUUGCAGGCUUAAAACUCCGCUCCUCUGGGCAUUCUUUGUGGCCAUGUGGUCCCCUUCCUACUCUAACUUAGACACUCGAGCCCUCUAGCACUAGAUCAUCAGCCUUUACUAGUCAUUCGUAUUUCUGUGACAAAGAGUUUGAAGCUAGCUUCUUCAUUCCACUGGAUUUGGGUGUUUCUUGAAUUGCAGAGAGAAUACUUUUAGGACAGUUGUGUGGAUAAUUUCUGCCCUGGCUGUAACACCCACUGGGCUCUGUUGAUGUUUUUAUUUUUGUCUUUGAAUGAGUCUGAGGCGAGGCUCCGCCUAGUGACUCAGUGUCACUGGACUCCAGUGCUGCCUGCUCCAACUCCAAAAGCCCCAGCAGGCUGCUGUUCUUUGUGCUGGACCAUCAGGGCUUUAGGGGUUCCCGGCCUGCCCCAAGGGUCCUGGCUCCAAGGGCAGGGAGAAAGCAUCAGAGGAGGAGGUCCAGGUCCUCUGGAUGGAGCAGUCAAGAGUUCAUGGACAAUACACGUAGGGUGUGUGUGUGUGUGUGUGUGUGUGUGUGUGUGUGUGUGUGUGUGACGCAUGCAGAGUCAUGCGUAUGGAAGUCAGAGGACAACCUCAGCUGUCAUUGUUCGACUUUUAAAAUAUUUAUGUAUUUGUCUUAUGUGUGGGUGCAUGUACGUGUUUAAUUCAUGGCAUAUGUGCAGAGGCAAACUUGUAGGAAUUGGUUCUCUCCUUCCAUCAUGUGGAUUGGACUGAAGCCAUUAGGCCGGGUGGCAUGUGUCCCGCUUACUUUUUCAGACAGGGUUUCAUUCGGGUGGCAGGUAUCCUGUCUACCUUUUCAGACAGGGUGAUGGUUUGUACGUGCUUGGCCCAGAGAGUGGCCCUGUUGGAACAGGUGUGUCACUGUGGGUGUGGGCUUUAAGACGCUCAGCCUAGCUGCCUGGAAGUCAGUAUUCUGCUAGCAGCCUUCAGAUGAAGAUGUGGAACUCUCAGCUCUGCCUGCGCCAUGCCUGUCUGGAUGCUGCCAUGCUCCUGCCUUGAUGAUAAUGGACUGAACCUCUGAACCUGUCUGGUAGCAGCCAUCAAGGUCACCACUCCAUAUUCUCUGUAUGUGUGUCCAGAGGGGCAGAAUGUCACCCUCACCUGCAGGAUUCUGGACUCCGUAUCCAAAGGGCACGAUGCAAACUUCUUAAAGACGUGGUUCCUUAGCUCUCGAGGCGAGGUUCAAGUGUGCAAAGAACACAGGCCCAUACGUAACUUCAUAUCACACCAUCAACACCACAGAAGUCACCCGGCAGUCAAUGCCAGCCAUGACCAGCCCCAGAAACAUGGGCUGGAGAUAGCUUAUGACAACCACGGUAACUUCUCUAUCACCCUGCACAAUGUGACCCUAAGCGACAGCGGCCUCUACUGCUGUCUGGUGAUAGAAGUCAAACACCACCACCCAGAACGGCGGCUCUACGGGUACAUGGAGCUGCAGGUACAGACAGGCAAAGGCUCAGCAUCUACAUGCACAGCGUACCCGCCUAAUGAGCAGGACAGUGACAGCAUCACGGCUGCGGCCCUGGCCACGGGCGCCUGCAUUGUCGGAAUUCUCUGCCUUCCCCUUAUCCUGUUGCUGGUCUAUAAGCAGAGGCAGGCGGCCUCUCACCGCCGUGCCCAGGAGCUGGUGAGGAUGGACAGCAGCAACACCCAAGGAAUCGAAAACCCAGGCUAUGAGACCACUCCACCCUUCCAGGGGAUGCCGGAGGCCAAGACUAGGCCUCCACUGUCCUAUGUGGCCCAGCGGCAACCUUCCGAGUCGGGACGGCACCUGCUGUCUGACCCCAGCACACCUCUGUCCCCUCCAGGCCCUGGGGAUGUCUUCUUCCCAUCCCUGGAUCCAGUCCCUGACUCCCCUAACUCUGAAGCCAUCUAAACCAGCUGGGGGACCGUGCCUGGUGCCUGGGUCAGGGAUGGAUGUACUUGAUCGAUGACAGGCCCUUGGACAGACCUUUAGGCACUGAUUCCAGUUCCUUGCUCCUGCUCUGAGCCUAGACUCUGCUUUACGAGAUGCACGGACCCUCCUCUGUCACUUUGAGAUGUUACUUGGGGGCGGGAGGGGCAGGGAGAAGAUGCUGGAUUGCCCAUAGCUGUUCUCAAGGUCCUGGGAUGCGGAGUUCUCCCUAGAGUCUUGAUCUCGCCAGCCACAGAUGUCAAACUACCUGAAUUGUACGAGCACCAACUUGGUAACAGCCUUUCUUCAUGGAAACCAGCAGCCCGGAUGGGAUGAGGUAGGCACCUUGCCACCCUCCCAGGUGAGAGGCACAAGGUGUGAGAGACUCCUACCCACUGUGGGGGUGUGGCGUGUCUGCUUGCUUGCCUGAGGAUGCUCCUCUGUUGGCCUGGCUCUAACCCCUGGAUUCUGGAGUGUGCUUCCCACCAGCAACCUGAGGGUCUGUCAGCAGUUUAAGUGACUCUGGGCUCUCUUUGCCUGUAUAGCUGUCCAUAGGGCUCAGUGGCCAGAAGCUCUAAAACAGCAAGUGCCUGUUAGGUUCAGGAGCUCAUUAGUGUCUCGAGCAAUGUGAGGCCUGGACCACCGGACACAGAGGGUGAUGAGGGCACGAUGGGGACGGUGAGGGGAGACAAGCCUCCUUCCUGUCCUCAACAUCCAAUCACUCCCACUGCUCAGUGUAGAGCGAUGGCAAAGGUGACCUCUAUAAUGUCCUAAUGAUGCUGGGCUACUUCUAAGUGUGAAAGAGAUGCUAUUAAAAAGAAAUACGUGAACA